AACACUAUAUAGCUUGGUUAUUUGUCAAGCUGAGCCUCCUCAGUUUUGACAAAUAAUUAACUACAACUCAGAGAAUCCAUUAGACAAAAUUAGUUGACGAAUUAUUUUUAGGGUUUGUUGCAUAGAGCAGACAGCAUAUCUGAAUAUAAUUUGUAUGUUAAAAUGGCAAAAGAAGAUGGAGUUGUGGUGGUCAGAAAUGGCGAUAGUGAAGUCUCCCUUCCACCAAUCUCAGCUGGAACUGAAUACAAUACUAAAGAACUUGCAGAUGAUAAUCUUACUGAUGAUCAUCCAAAGGUUCCUGGAUGGUUUUCUGAGUAUUGUCCGAUAUGGCCAGGGCAAGCCCACUUUUUGAAGGUAGAAAAAAUCUUAUUUCAAGGGAGGUCCGAGUAUCAAAGUAUGAUGGUAUUUCAGUCAUCAGCAUAUGGCAAGGUUUUUAUUCUGGAUGGAGCACUCCAACUCACUGAGAAGGAUGAGUUUGCUUACCAAGAAAUGAUUACACAUCUUCCUCUUUGCUCCAUUCCGAACCCAAACAAGGUUUUACUCAUUGGGGGAGGAGAUGGCGGUAUCUUAAGGGAGAUUUCUCGACACUCUUCUGUCCAGCAUAUUGAUAUUUGCGAAAUAGACACCAUGUUGGUUGAUGUGUACAAGAAAUAUUUUCCUAGUGUUGCUAUUGGAUACGAGGACCCUCGGGUGACCCUUCACGUUAAAGAUGGUUCUGCAUUUCUUAAGUCUGUCCCAGAAGGAACAUAUGAUGCGAUAAUAGUGGAUGCGUUUGAUCCUAUUAGGCCGGAUCAUGAGCUUCACAAGACUCCCUUCUUUGAGUUGGUGGCAAAAGCCCUCCUACCUGGCGGAGUCAUGUGUAUUCAAGCAGAGAGCAUAUGGUUUCGUUCUUUAGACAUUGAGCAACUCAUGGUCAAAUGUCGACCAAUAUUCAAAGGCUCUGUUCGGUAUGCAUGGACAAUUGUUCCCGCAUAUCCAAGUGGGGUGAUUGGUUUCUUGCUUUGCUCCACGGAGGGGCCACUGGUGGAUUUCAGAAAUCCUGUCAACCCAAUAGACCCCAACAAUAGUUAUGGGGUUGCAAAAGAGCCCCUGAAAUUUUACAACACUGAGGUGCACAUGGCUGCAUUCUGUUUGCCAUCUUUUGCAAAGAAGGUGAAUAAUGGGUCUAAAAUGAAUGGAGUUGGAACGCUGGCAGCUGAUGAGGCAAAACACAAGUGAAUAUUCAAGAAGACGACAACAAAAUCUAUCCCAACACUAAACAUCAUUAUUGUGUGUGUUUUAAUUUUAUAUGAUGGCAAACUAUAUAUGGUUGUGUUCCAUGAUUUGCUGGUGGAAGUGUCCUGUUAAGCAUGCUAUUACUUUGCUUUAAAUUAGAAAAUGACAACUCACUCAAAUAUUGUUUUGUACGCAUAAUACUUGCAUUCACUGUACGAGAAGAAUACACAUAUUUUACCAUUUACGAAUAACUAUUAGGUUUUUGUCACCAUCAGAUCAUUUGCGUCAGCUGAAUA